AUGGGUGACAAGAUGAAUCAAUUUCAAUUAUUUCCUGCUCCAUCACCCGAGGUCAAUAGGUCCAACAACCCAUUUCGCAAAGUCGGGAGAAAGCCAGUAGCCACAUCUGAGCCGGCUUCUUCGAUCCCUCUUCAGGAAAUCAAGGACCCUGGUAAGACUGAAUCCUUGCUGCUUCAGAUUAUCGAAGACACCCAGGGUAUUCCACCUCCGCCAAAGGAGAAUGGUUCGAAAUCUAAGUCCCCACCUUCUAUGGUGGGAGCAUCUGAUUCAAAAUCUCCUCAGUCCAUGCACAGUCAGAAUCGUGAAGCCAAGAGAGUGAACCAUCAGGCCUUGCCUUCACAGGGCAGUCAAAGCAGCAGCAGUAGCAGCCACCACACUACGCCGUCAACUGUCUCUCCGCAGUCAUCACAAUCGUCUGCUUCCUCAGUUCCGAUGAAAUCAAUGUUCCCGCAGUUCAAUCCAAAACUGCCUCUCAACCAGCAGGUAUAUCACCCACGGCUUCCAAAUGUGCCAAGUCCAGCCAAGUCUUCUCGAAAGCCUCCUAAGCUUACGCUUUCGACAAAUACUGAGAUUGACCAUGUUCUCGGGCCAAAGACUGUGCCUGCAAGUGUGCUCAACUUCCCAACUGGUGCAUUGGAGUCCGAGGAGGUUACAUACUCCUCUGUGGAGGAACUGAAGAUGUUAUGGGAAACGGCCAAUGGCCAGAGAACACGAGAUCUUGUUGGGUCAUUGAACCUGCGCAUGACAAAAACGGGACCAGCUACAUUUACGCUCGGAAACUCCCAGAACCCGUUUUACACACUACAAACAUAUUCAACCAAUGAACUCGCUCUAAGCAGGUGCGACCCUUCCAGACCAAACCACGAUGUACCAAUCAUGAUGAUGAGCCUCGAAGACCGCAUACGUCGCGAGCAUCCCAACGACGGACUCGUGACCCUACUCUUCCCCCGACUAGCAGCCAUGUUAGCUAUAGACCAGGCCGACGAGAUCAGCAAGCAACACCACCUCACGCCCGCCGAGACGGCGGAAGUAGAAACCGACGCACUCAAACGGGCAGCAGCACAAGAGUCCUGCCGGCUCUCCUGGAACCGCCAUCAACGACUAUACGAGCUACGGCACCCAUAUUUCUCAAGAAAUAACCCACCUGCUCUUGUCGGCGCCGCCGGAAUCCCACUCUCACCCGUGCGAUCCCAGUCAUCAGGAAUGGUGCACAUCACAGUCGAUGCCUCUCCUCGCCAGCCGCCAACAAUCAUCGUAACUGGCCCGGUCUCUCCAACGGCACUGGAAGCCGGUCUGCAAGCUGCUAAUGCACGCACAUCCGUGCUUCCCGUCACGGACCUCGACGAGCCGCUCGCGUCCUUGGACUUCGCUACGAAGACAUUUUCGAUUUCGCCGGCUGCUGUGGUCGCUACUAUUCCCUCCCUGUAUGCCAUUGAUUCUCUCAUUGCUGCAAUGUUAGCAGUCGCCGUCUCAGAUGAAGCCACGAACCCCAUCCUUGCAGACAUGCUUCUCGGAUCGCCGAAGUCGUCUAGACCUCCGACCUCCCACAAUCCCGGGCCUUACUCUAUGCCUGUGUUCCAGGGUAAACUAGUUACGACUGUUGCUGAGCGCCAAGAUACAGCAGAGAGCAUGGAUUUGGCAUCGCAGAUUAAAUCUGCGCAGAAAAAGUCCAAAGAGUCGGGGAAGAAAAGUAAUCUCAAAUUAUGGAGUAGAUUCUCUUCCAAGACGAAGGAAAAUUCGAAGAAGAGCAAAUCUCAGCAGGUUGUGGUUGAGGAGUUUGACCUGGAGAAGUAUGGUCGAUAUGGCAAUAGUUCGUCGCGAGAGGGGAAGAAGUUGCCUGGAAUUACUCGCACCAUCUUGCGUAUACUGUUCUUUGGCUUGGAUAUAGUUGUGAAGGGAUUGACGCUCAUUGUGAAGAUCUUGGCUUGGUUAUUGGUCAAUUCGACGCGGUGUGUGACUAGUGAGAAGUUCUGA